AUGAACCUCGAAAAGGUGACACAAGGGGCUCCUGGUGGCAGCAGUGUCCAGACGCUCCGGACACGAAUGGCCGAGCUUAAGUUCGAAGUUGAGAAGAUCGGGAAUUUUUCCGGACUUUCACAUCUGUCCAACCUGGCAAUGAGAUGGAAGAAGAAAUCAAGAAGAACAUUUUUGGUUCGUGCAAAAAAACGCACAAUGCCUGAGACAUGCGAGCACUACCUUGAACUUGUGAGCAAGGGAGUCCUGCGUGACAUGGUCGCGUACGCGAGCGAGUACAUUGGAGCACCUGCAAACCUAGGAGAUUCCUGUCAGGAAAUGCUGCCACCGACUCGCCCCGGAGACUAG